UCAUGAGUAACAUCAAACUAGUUUUUUUUACGCUCGUGUUGUAAUACAAUAGUUUCACAAGUACUUAGUAAAUACGGUAUCUAAAUUGUGCGACUGGUAUUAUUUAAUCGAGUACUAUACAAUACACAUGAAGACGACUAAAUCAGGGAGGAUAAUGAAAAGAAAAACGAAUUCUCAAGAGCUGAGGAAAAAAAAGGUUGGAACUGCUUUCACCACAAAGAGGUACGUUGAGGAGGACGAAAUAGCUUCCAAGAAGUUGCGAGAAGACGUAUCACCCUACGUGGAGGAGAGUUUCAGCGACGAUGAUGACAACCAUAUGGAUUACGAGGACUACAAACGCCACCAUCAACUGCAACGAUCUAAAGUCAACGAUAGGGUAAGCACGAGUUCGGUGGAGACCACCCACUUGGUGAGCGACCCAAUUGAGACUGAUGAGAUAAGUCCGGCCCAGGCUGCGGCGAUGGCAGCCAACCUUCCAGGAGCACGACGAAGAGGUCGUGGUCCGUCGAAGCGCCCGUGUCUCAAUAGAAACGCUCAGAUGGCUCGCGAAAAUCGACAACGCAAAAAAUUGUACCUGCAAAGCAUCGAGGAUAAGCAGAACGAGUACUAUGCGAAGAACAAGGCACUUGUUGGCAUCAUCGAAAAACAAAACAAGCAGAUACAGAGUCUCGCGAGUAACGUCAAUUAUUUUCAAGCCCUCGUUGCCAAUCAGUCCGAGAUCACGACUCUCCUUGUUGCUUUAAAUGAGGCCAUCAAAGCCCUCCACGGGAGUAAGGAUACUCUCUCCCUGUCCAAUAACAUUACCACUUCUCUACAAAAUGUCAAUAGGAAUUUGAAUAAAUUGUCCCAAAGUAAUCAAAGUUUUGCAUCGAAUGUAAGUAAUAAUAAUCAACCUGUGCCUCUAUCCGGAAUGCAAGGUUUUGGACAAAUUGCUCGAAAAACGAUGCCUCUUACAAACGCAGCUUCAGGGGUAUCGUCAAGUCUGUCUCCCACAACAAAGACUGAGGAACCAUCGAGCGUCGAGAGCUUAUUCCUAGACGAAGACACACAUAAACUCGAACAGUUGCCAGAGUCGCAUUCCUAUUGUAAGUAUAACGUAAUGAAUACGAGUACGGUGGGCCCUGGCAGCUGGAGUAUUAAUCAGAUGCCCACGACGCCGCUGAGCGAAGCGCAGUCAAAUUCUGUGGAUCACUGCGAAGCUAGUCUAUCCGAAACGGAUCUACAUGCGCUUUCAAAUAUUAACGUUGAUAACUUUUUAUUCAAUAACAUGGAUAAUCUACCAAACUCCUCCACGGAUAUGCAGGUACACGAUCAGAGUAAUAAUGAUGUAGAUGAGUUUUUUAAUAACAUUGAUGCGAAAAUUCCAAAGCUCUCAACGGACGAGAUUGAUGACCUUUUGGGCAUCGACGAGACGUCUAGGUUUAACAAAACUCUCUUUAACACGCUCAAUCCUCCUACGGGUAUUUGUCUCCACGUCAACUCUUGUAGAGUUUCAUUGGAGUAUUGUCACAUAUGUUACAAAAAAAGCUUAACCAAAGUUGAGGAAUCUGAAAUUGCAUGAAAUUGAAGUAUGAAGAAUUUUCAAAAUAAUACUUUACAUUACUUGACUGACAAAUCUGCAUCGGUUUUAAAGCAGCUUAUAAAAAAAAAAAAACGCAUGUAUAUACAUUGACAUGGUCUAGAGCAAUUGUUCUUGCCCAAAGAUCGUACUGACUUCAAGAGCGACUCAUACACACUUAUAAUCAUAGAUUUACAUAAGCAUUAUUUAUUUAAAAAGAUAUUUCAUACGGGUCUGUAUAUUGGAACGGUAAAGUUAACAACAGCUUUGAUAAUCGUAAGGAUCGCGAUAUUU